AUGCCUCCUCCGGACAGGUUCACUUUCAAUGACGUGUACGUCGUGUAUGAGCUCAUGGAUACAGACCUUCACCAGAUUAUCCGGUCAUCCCAGGCUCUGACAGACGACCACUGCCAAUACUUUAUCUAUCAGCUUCUUCGUGGACUCAAGUAUGUCCAUACGGCCAAUGUGCUGCAUCGAGAUCUCAAGCCCAGCAACCUCCUCCUCAAUGCCAGUUGUGACCUCAAGAUCUGCGAUUUCGGUCUCGCGCGCACGGGAAGCGAGAAGGGUUUCAUGACAGAGUAUGUCGUGACUCGGUGGUACCGUGCUCCCGAGCUGCUGCUUUCCUGCGACGAGUACACCUUCGCCAUUGACAUGUGGUCUGUUGGUUGCAUCUUCGCGGAGCUUCUGGGACGGAAGCCGCUUUUCCCUGGAAAGGAUUACAUCCAUCAGCUGAAGCUGAUCAUCAACCUGAUUGGUUCGCCUGACGAGGACGACCUUCAUUUCAUCUCCAGCCAAAAAGCUCGCAGCUACAUCCGUUCGUUGCCGUACACUCCCAGAGUCUCGCUCUCUCGCCUCUACCCCAGGGCCAACCCCCUGGCCAUCAACCUGAUUGAGCGGAUGCUCGUGUUUGACCCGAACAAGCGUAUCACUGUGGAAGAGGCUUUGGAGCAUCCGUACCUGUCCAUGCUUCAUGAUCCUGCUGUGGAGCCGUCUGCUCCGGCGCCGUUUGAGUUCGACUUUGAGGAUGAGGAUCUGAAGGAGGCGGCGUUGCGUGAAAAGGUAUGGCAAGAGAUGCUGUACUACCAUCCCGAGGUGGUCAGCAACAGCUAG